AGCAGCGCGUCUGUGAAGCUGCGUAAAACACCCAGAGAGCGUGUUUUUUUUUCUUUCUGCUUUUCUGCACAGACGCAGACGGAUCCAUCCUGCUCGACAUCGGCCUCCAUUUUAGCUCCUUUGCCCGGUCGGUUGCCUCACGUGUCCUGGACUGUCUUUCUCACAUGACCCGUGUGUUUGUCCCCGUGAUCAGCGGCUUCCAUCUCUCCGUAAAUCAGUGUCGUUGAAUAUCAGCGGUUUUUUUUACACACACCCGCAAAAAGCUUCAUGGAUAUGCUGGAGCAGAGUCUGGACAGCUCGGCGAGUCACGACAAACAGGAAACAGAAGAGGUGGUGCAGUUACAGGAAGUUGUUGCGGCAUCACAGAGAAACAUGUUGACCUGUGUUGUUGCAGGAGAGACGGUGGGGACGGAGGAGCAUACUGCAGUGACCAUCACCGGUGUCCCUCAGGCUGCGUUCGCUGACCACAAUGUGCAGUACCAGUUUCGCACAGAGAACAGUGGAGGACAGGUGACGUAUCGCGUCGUUCAGGUCACAGACGACCAGUUAGAAGCAACGGCUGAUGGGACUGGAGCCGUCAGCGUCGUCUCCACUGCGGCGUUCACUGGAGCCCCUCAGGCAGUGGCACAGGCUGUUAUCCAGAACCCUUUCAGUAAUGGGGGCAGUCCUGGCGGGGAGACUGUGGGAGGAGAGACACGUUUCGCUUAUUUUCCCGCCGCCACCGUCAGCGAUGGAACGGCCGUGUCCGUGCAAGCCACCACCGACCCAACGAUAGCACAGGCAGGAGGCCAGUUUUAUGUGAUGAUGAGCCCCCCCGAGGUGCUCCAGACGGCCCCUCGCACCAUCGCACCACGCACACACACCUACACUGCAGACCUCGGUGAAAGCGAGAUGUUGCAGCAUGGCAGUUCAAACUGGAAGGUGGAGGGUCCACGGGCGCCCAGAGAUGAGAGGCGAAGAGCACAGCACAACGAAGUGGAGAGAAGAAGAAGAGACAAGAUUAACAACUGGAUUGUGACGCUUUCGAAAAUCAUCCCCGACUGUAGCAUAGACAGUAGAACUGGAGCGAGUAAAGGAGGCAUCCUGUCCAAAGCUUGUGACUACAUCCGAGAGCUGCGUCAGAGUAACCAGCGACUGCAGGAGAGUUACAAAGAGGUGGAGCGAGUCGAGAUGGACAACGAGCUGCUUAGACAACAGCUUGAGGAACUGAAGAACGAUAACGCACUGCUUCGAGCACAGCUACAGCAGCACGGCGUAGAAGUGAACGGAGAUGCAACACCACAGUGAUUGUGGACUGACUGGACACAUGUUAAAACAUCACAAUGUCGCAUCCUCCCACCCACCUGAACAAUACAAGGAAAGGAAUAAAACAGAGACAAUUUCCAUCUGAAAUUUGACCAGAUGAACGCACGCACACGCACGCACACACACACACACACACACACACACACACACACACACACACACACACACACACACAAACACACAAACACAGAGGGCUGGAGAAGAAGACUGAAGGACCGAGACUCCGCCUCCUCCACCUCCAGCUGUUCAAGGCUCUGAAAUCCGUUACCUGUGUAGCUACCUGAACCUCUCACCUACGCUUUAAGGAAUACGACCUCCCGCACAGCACCAUCACCAUCACCAUCACCAUCACCAUCACCAUCACCAU